AGUGUUUCUAGGUAGGGUUUAGAGACAGAUUUUGCUUCCCAUGGCAAUACAGUUCUCUUAGAGGAUUAUGUUUUUUGGAUUUAUUUUCGGUCAUCCGUGUUUGUUUUCCUCUUCUUAAUAAUGGAAAACAUAAUCUCAGGCUUGAAAAUUUCGGAGUGGAAGCAGGACAGUCUCUGCAAGGCCUACGAUGAGAUUCAGUCUCGAGCUUCUUCCAUCGUCAUGUUCGGUCUCCAGUGGAAGGACGUUGACACCCAACUCGCGUCGGCCCGGAAAUUGGUAGAAACCGAACUGGAACAACUCAUGAAGCGGGAAAAGGAUGUGAUUUCAAGAGAGAAGGAAUUGGAAGCCAAAGGGUUUCAGUUGAACUCAAGCAUUGCGUUGAAAGAAACCCAAUUGGCUGAAAUUCAAAGAUUGAUUGAAGAAGGUUCGAAAGAGAUUGAAUUGAAUAAGCAACAGGGCGACUCGCUCAAGUUAUUGAUUGAAAAGAAUCGCGAAGAGCUUGAUGUUAAACAGAGGCAAUGUGCUGCGAUUCAGACGUCUAUUGCGAAGAAAGAGAGGGAGUUUGAUCAGGUACAGAGGCGUAUUAAAGAAGGAGAGAAGAAAUUUGAUUCUGCAAGCAAUUGUAUCGAAGGGGAAAAGAAGAAAUUGGAGGCCGUAGGGUUUCUUGCGUCGAAAGAAACCCAAUUGGCUGGAAUUGAACAAUUGAUUGAAGAACAAUCUAAAGUGAUUGAAUCGCAUUUGCAACAUGUCGAUUCGCUCAAGUCUUUGAUUGAAGAGAAUCGCGACGAGCUUGAUGUUAAGGAGAAGCAAUAUGCUGCGAUUCAGAUAUCCAUUGCGGACAAAGAGAUGGAGCUUGAUCAUUUACAGGGUUGUAUUGAAGAUGGAGAGGAGACGUUUGCUAGUAUAAGUAACCGUAUCAAAAAAGGAGAGGAGCAAUUGGGGGGUUUAGAGAAAAAGAUAAAAGAAAAAUCUGAAGAAGUUGAGUCUAAACAGAAGGAAAUCGAUUUGAUUCGAAAGAGUUUGAGGGGUUACAGAGAAGAUAUUGAGUUGAAAGAUAGGAAAUAUAAUGGCAUUAGAAGAUCUAUCGAGGAACAUAAGAAGGAAAUUGCGACAAGAGAAGAGCAACUUAAAACUUGUUUAAGUUCCAUUGAUGAUUGUGAUAAAAUGAUCAAAGUGAAGGAGGAGAAGCUCAAUUCUAUUCAAAACUCGAUAGUAGAAUGCUCAACCGAACUCGAGUUGAAAGAGAAAAGGCUUGGUUUGCUUACAAACGAUGUUGAGUUGAAAGAGAAGAAUAUUGCUCGGCUGAAAAGAAUACUCGACGAGAGUGCUGAAAAGUACGUGAUGAAAGAGAGAGAUUUUAAAGCUUUUUUAGAGAAGCUUGAGUUGAGAGAAAGGUUUUGCAAAUCGAAAUUUGAGGAAGUUAGUGUAUUUGAAAAUAAGGUAAAUGCUUGCCUCAAAGAAGUUGAAUUGAAAGAGAAGAAACUAGGGUCGAUCCAGAAAUUUGUAGAUGAGUAUUUCCAAGAGUUGAGGAAGAAAGAGAUGGAACUCGAGAAAAGAGUCGUUGAGUUCGAAUUAAGGGAAAAAGAAUACGAUUCGUCUAAAAAAUUAACUGAACUUAGAGCACAAGAAAAUAACAAUAUCUUUUCCUCCCAAGUUAAGACUGAGCCAUCUGAAAACACCCACAUCAACAAUGCAAUUGCUCCUUUAACUGCAAAUGAUCAAUUCUCCAUCCCAAAGGCAGGAGAAGACUUGCAGCUGCUUUUGAAUCGACAUUUGAAACGGCAUGAUGUGCUUUGCAAUGAGAUUUCUACUGCUCUUCAAGCUUCAUUAAAUCCUGCAAAGUUGGUGUUGGAUGCAUUGAAUGGAUUUUACCCUUCGAACUCGAGUAGGGAAGGUACAGAGACGUUCGAUGUCCGUAUUGUUAGGAGAAGCUGCAUUCUUUUGUUGGAACAGUUCAUGGAAGCUUCACCACAGAUUGACUCUCGAGUGGGAGAAGAAGCACUGAAAUUGGCAAGAGAUUGGAAGGCUAAGAUGGCAGUGGCAAAUGAGAAUUUUUUGGAAGUGUUGGGAUUUUUGCAGCUUUUAGCUAGCUAUAGAUUGGCGUUUGCCUUUGAUCCAAAUGAGAUUCGCUUUCUUUUCAAUAUUGUUGGUAAGCACAGACAGGCAUCUGAAUUAAGUCAAUUCCUUUGCCCCCCUGAUAACGCACCUGUUAAAUUCGAGCGGGCAGAAGUUUCGUUAGCCAACAAUGUGACUUCAAAUCUUCAGUUAAUGGAGCAAGAAAAUUCUUUGGCCAAAGUUGUAACUUCAAAUCUUCAGUUAAUCAAGCAAGCAGAAACUUCCUCGUCCAAUCUUGUGACUUCAAAUCUUCAAUUAAGUUCUUUGCAAAAUAAUAUUCUCACACUUCUUCAAACGUCACCUGAUCCAGCUAAAAUUGUCUUUGACUUUAUACAAGGGUCUAUUUCUGAACAUUGGAAUCGAGGAGAAGUAGGGUUUGAGGCAAGUGUAAUGAGGAAUUACAUUCUCGUAUUUGAUCAGCUUUUCAAAAUCUUUCCAAAAAUCCAACCUCCUGUGCACAAAGACUCAAUAAGAUUAUCAUUAGAAUGGCAAGCGAAAAUGAGAAUGACCAACACUGAAUAUUCUCUGGAGGUUUUGUGUUUUCUACAGUUCCUGACCACAUACGAAUUAAUUUCUUCCUUUAAUGAAACUGAAAUUCUGAAGUUUUUGGAGACAAUUUCUCAGCAUCAACAAGCUCUUGAAAUAUGCAGUACUAUUGGUUUUGCAAAGAAGAUUCCUGCAUUUAUUCGUAAAUAUAUUGAAAGGAGGAAGGCCACUGAUGCCGUUCGACUCAUUUGUGCAUUCAAGCUAACUGAUAAGUUCCCACCGGUCCCAUUGCUGACUAAAUACGUGGAGAAUCUUAAGAACUCUACCCAAAAAUUUUGUAAGGCAAAGAGACCUAUUGAAGAAAAGGAGAAAACUACAAAUGAAGAGAUUGCUGCUCUAAGAACCGUAAUUCAAUGCAUUACCGAUUACAAUCUCGAGUCCAAAUUCCCUUCAGCCAACAUUUUGAAACGCAUUAAUCUUCUAGAUCGGAUAAAGAAGGAUAGGAGACGCUCAGCCACACUGGGCAAGCCUCAGCAGCGACAGAAGCCAUCUUCCCACCACCCCAAGACUGAACAAAAGAAUGAGAAGCCAUUGGACCAUUCCAAGGCUGAACAACAGCAGAAGCCUUCAGACCGUUCCAAGGCUGAACAAAAACAGCAGAAGCCGUUGGACCUUUCCAAGGCUGAACAACAGCAGCAGAAGCCAUCAGACUGCCCAAAGGCUGAGCAGCAGCAUCAGAAGUCAUUGGACUUCCCUAAGGCUGACCAGCAACAACAGAAGCCAUAUGUUUGCUCCAAGGACGAACAACAGUCGCAGAAGCCCUCAGUCUACCCCAAAGUCGAACAGCAACAGCAACCACCAGUCCACCCUAAUACUGAACGACAACAUGAACAGACAUGGAAGAAACGAAGAAACGACAACCAUCAUAAUCCACCACAAGAUAAACACAAAUUCCCUCGAACAUCUGCAUCUACUGUUAGAUCCCAUGUUGGCCCUCCCCUUUACUACCAUGGCACUCCACCGCCACCGGUGCUCUUUCCACCACCUGAUUUGCAUGGAUCAAAUGCUUUUGGCUUUGCUGGAGACCCUAGGCAGUUUGGAUGGUCCUCCUAGUGUAGACAUUAACAACUUUUAUAAAUAGUUCUAGGCUAAUUUUGAAUUUUCAGUGGGAUUUACACUUAGUUUAAAGGUGCUAUCUUAAAAAGAUCUCGGGUACAUAGCAUGUUCAUAGUAUACGAGUAUGGUUAAUUAAUUAAUUAAUAGAACCUCUUAAAAGAUGCAUUAUAUAUUUAGCUUGACUUUUAUGUAGCUCACUUUGUUGUAUUGUCAAAGGGUUCUGAUUAUACAUCCACCAAAACCUUCUGUCAAUUGCAACCAUUUAUCUGCAGAGUAGUUGGAAUUUUGAAU